UGUUUAGUUUGCAGGUCUAAUUUAAAACUUCGUGUAACCAAGACUUCAUGCAUGCUUUUCUCACCUUUUAAUGCUAGACUUCAGAUAAAUCAUGAAAUGCCUUUCCAAAGAUGUAGCAAACCACACUAGCAGUAAAACGUGUUAUGUUAGUGAUAUUUCACAUAUGUCAUGAAUUAGUAGCUGCUAGAACUUAGUGCACACUGUCCAGAGUCAAGCAAGCCUUGCACUGCUCUGGAGUCUGUCUUGAACCAGAAUUGGCACUUUAAAGCUUACAAUUAAAUGUUGCUGAUUUCAUGGAGAAAGGAAAAACAUGAACUGUGCCUUUCUUCGGACAGCAGUCCAAAAUGGCCUGGUUUAAUUUUUGACCUGCCCUGUAAAAUAUAAAUCUCACUCUCAGGAAUUGUUUAAAUUCUGGUCUGAUUUAUAACAUGAUUAACUAACCAAUGUUUUUUCUUGUCCUGCUAUCUCUUAUGCUUUUGACAUGUCUGAUUACUUUCUUUCUUUCUACUCUAAUCAGCUGAACAGCUUGUUGAAGCUGGAGCUUACUUCUGUGAUUGAUGCCAAUCAGAACCACCUUAAAGGCAAUCCCUUCGUCUCAUAUCCCACAGUCCCUUGCAACACACCCAAUGAUAUUUUUUCUUCCUUCAUGGACAUGUUUCCCACUCCCAGCCCAGAUCCAUUUAGUAAUGAUCCCUUUGUUACACUUAAUGGCCAGAUUGACUCCUCCAUUUUUCAUAAUUUGUCCCUAUCAUCUAAUGACAGAGUUACUUUUCCUGACUGUUACUUGAAUGGCUCUGAUCUAGACAAUCACUCUGUAAAUGAACUUAUUGAUAAGUUUCCAUCAAGGAACUUAAAUGGUUGCAGCAAUCCUUUCUUGAAACUAUCAGAUCAGAGCCCUCCCGUUCGUAACCUAUUUAAUAAAACGGUUCCUCUGCUUCAAACCCCUUCUCCUUUGUGUAAUGGUCCCAGCAACUUGGUGCAUCUUAUUAGCCAACCUUCACCUCUGUCUUAUACUGAAGCGAUUUCACCUUUUCUGCCAAAUAAUGGGGUGAUUGGACUCUGUCCCCCACCACCAAGUUCCAAGUGUGGCCGAGUACGCAGAACAGAGAAGGUGAACAAAAGUUGAUGUUGGUGGCACUAGGUGAUGGGUGGUGUUUCACAGUGCCUGUUGUGAAGUUAAUUUGAUGGUGGGAAAGGUUGCAUGCAUGUGUGUAUUAAUAGUUUUUGUUUUAGGUAAUGUUAGGAUCACUAACAUGUGACUUGCAUGUGUUAGUCACUACUUUUUAUUGUAUUGUAUCUUCAAUUUCUUGCUAUUUACAUUUUUGCAGAGAAUUUAAUUUCAUACCCUCCUGUUUCCUUCACAGUCUCCUGA